GCAGGGCCUGGCGGGGAGGGCGCCUUGCUGCCGCCUCGGCCCAAUCCGUGAGCCGGGGGAAGGAGGGGCUCCUGAACAUGAAAAGCAGCCUCCCUGCCACGCCCCCCCCCGUUAGAAGGCUACUGCGGAGCCGUCGAGAGGGAAGAUGCUAACGCGCUCCUCCUCGGUGCCGUAAGAUGCCGUCCAGCUGAAGGGAUGGCGGGCACUCAGGGUGUGUUCACGGGUACCAUUUGCUCUGCUUGUUCCCAUGCACUCCGUCCCUCCAGUGUGAGUCGCCAUCUGAUGGGUUUCCCCUCUUACGUUGCCAUCUGCCUCAUUCUUCUCAGCUCCUGCAGCUCGCCAUGCCUCGCUUUUUGGAACACGGAGGGAAGGCACGUAAGACAACUGCAGCAGACCUCGCUGGCAGGGAGCACUGUAGAAGACCUAGCAAAUGUGAGUGUGUCGAGUGCGGAAAGUAAUCUGAGCUCACCUGUGCAAAGAGCCAGCACGUCAGCCUCUGAAAGCCUGUAUGAAGGAGCCUCCGGGAGGUCAUUAAACACAGCCGCCACUAUUAAAGCAACGCUGCAAACCAUUCUGGGUGUUCGCGCCCUCUUGGGGCACCAGAGUUUGGAUGUUUACACCGCUGCUGCAGCCCCAGGGGUUGGUGAAAGUGGGCCCAAUAACGAGCUGGGUGUAAAUGGGCCACACAAGGCCCUGCUUGCCCCGUUCGUGACAGCUCCAGACCCGAACGUGAAGGGUGAUGUUGCUAGUACCACCACGGGUGAGAUGCUAGAGGAGGUUGGUGGUGGGGCCGGGCCUGGUGCUAUGGGGAGUCUGGAGGGGGAUAUUUUUACACCAGGCAUCCUGGAAGGAGGAAAAAGUGUAGGUCCUUCAGGCUCAUCAUCUCUGACCACGGAUGAAGGAAGAGCAAGUCUUCCUGUCCUGAUCAAUCACCCCACAAGUUCUUUCUCUUCAGCAGUUCGAUUUGUCAGUUCUGAGCAAGGGCCAAUAGGAGGUGGCCGCUCAGUGUUGACAGGCACUGACGCUACCGCCAAACCCACCUUAGCUCCUACUCACGCUGCCUCAAAUUUGGAAGCGGAAAUCUCUGCUAAUUGGGAGCCUUUGGAAGGCGCUCUGAGAAGCACCACGGCUGCAGCCGCUGUGCCGCAAAGUGAUGAGUGGGAUGAUACAAAAUUUGGUCCCGCCAGCCGUGGAAGUGCCAUGCGACCCAUGAUAGAGGGCCUGCUCCCUACGGUAACGGAGCUUUAUCUGGCUGUGGGAGGAGAGGAGGAUGAGGAAGAUGAUGUGAAAAAGGUCCUGUCGCCGAGAUUAACUGCAGGAAAAGGAAGGGAAAAUAUUCAGACUGGGUCAGGCCAGCUACCCGUUCCAGGGGAAGAGGCAACUCCGUCUUCUGACAGCCUGGAUUCUGUCCAUGCCACUGGUGAAGCCCCCACUGGGAGCACAGUGGAAAAUGCAGACCCAGCUGGGACAUACCAUUCAAGAUUAUUUCCAGAGACCGCAACUACAACAGACGUGACCAAGUCUGACAUCUUCCAGACCCUGAGAAGUCCAUUAAGAGCAACAGCAUUCCAUGGCAUCGGUGCUGUACUUCCAGCUAUGACACCAGGAGGCUUUGGUAGCCAGGAAACCGCAGGGCGAGAGCGGGCGAUGGAGGCGGAAAUAGCGCUGGCAACCCACAUGCCAACGGCUCCCAGCAAAUACCAGCUGCUGAAGAAAUCAGAAAACUCUGCGGCUCCUGUGUCUCCUUUUCUCUCCUCUUUGUCUGUUGUUAACACGAUGGAUACAGAAGAGUCCAUGAUUGCCCCUGGGGAGGAAGGAGAAGCGGCGUCCAUAGCCAGCACUCCUGCAAUUCUGGCUGAGCAGAGAGCGCAGACCAAAGAGAUUCUUGGCACAAUGGAAGCCAUGGCAGGUCCCCCUACCUUGGCAUCCCUGACAAGGAGAACCACAGUUCCAGACACCCGCCAGAUUACCACGGCUGCAGCCUAUGAGCUGGAAAGGCUGGAAUCAGAAGAGGAAGAGGAGGAGGAGGAGGAGGAACCCGAGGAGGAGGAGGAAGAGGAGGAGGAGGAAGACGAUGACUUUGAAGAUGACAGGGACCCAACCUCCAUGGACGAAAGCUUGGAUGAAGACGCCAACCUGUCCAGCUUCACUCUUCCUGGGGAGACCUCUCAGGAGCCCUUGGAGGGGCUCGAGAACCCGGCAGGAGAACUCUUGGGCAUUUCCUACCAGGUGCCAAACACCAUUGAAUGGGAGCAGCAGAACCAAGGCCUGGUGAGAAGCUGGAUGGAAAAGCUAAAGGAUAAGGCAGGCUACAUGUCUGGGAUGCUGGUGCCAGUGGGGGUUGGCAUCGCCGGGGCCCUUUUCAUCUUGGGCGCUCUCUACAGCAUAAAGAUUAUGAACCGCCGGCGCAGAAACGGCUUCAAGAGGCACAAGCGAAAGAGGGAAUUCAACAGCAUGCAAGACCGAGUGAUGCUUUUAGCGGAUAGCUCCGAAGAUGAAUUUUGAAUCAGACUGCAGUGCCACAUCCUGCUCUCCAGGGACUUAAUUUUUUUUCUUUUUUGGCAAAGGGUGGUGUGCAAGUAUGAAGUGUUUCUGCUGUGGCACCACGGCUGCCAGUCCACAGGGCAGUGGUGAUUUUACACAACCUGGCCCUGAAAGAAAACACCCAGCUAACAGCAUGCUGCAGUCUAAGUGUAAUGCACUUUUAAAAAAUAUAUAUAUAUGGUAGCGCACCUUCAUUUCCAUGCACUGCACAUCAUCUGAAUGCAAAAUAGGCAAUGAUGGCAGGCCGAGAUAGGCUGGAUGACAAUAAUAGUCCUUAGGUUUUUAAUUUUUAUUUCAGCAGAUAGCAAUCAAGCUGUCAUCUUUCUGGUUAAAGUCUCUUGAGAGGAUACUCUUCGACCCAGAUAACUGCUACCUAACUCUCACUGGGGAUUGACUUCCAAAAGUGUUGCUUUACCUGAGCUGGAGUUCACAGUUUCACAAAUUGCCUGCUCUGUUUAAUUGAUGAAGUGCCAACCUCAAGCAGGCCACCUCAUCAGCCGGGUAGUAAUAUGUAAAGUACCACACUAUAAUAUGUAGAGUAUGUUACACUUAGGGCCCAAACUAGACAUUUAUGUGGGUGACAGUCGACUUUUUUCUUUCUUAAGCUGCAAAGCAGCUUCAGAGGUUGCAGUUAGGAGAUAGGAAGAUAGAAAACUGCCUCGUACUGAGUCAGAUCAUUGGUGCAUCUAGCUGAGUAUUGUCAACACUGACUGGCAGUGGCUCUCCAGGGUUUCACAUGGGCGUCUUCUCCCAACCCUACCUGGAGAUGCCAAGGAUUUAACGUGGGACCUUCUGCAUGUAAAGCAGAUGUUCUGCCAGUGAGCUACAGCCCUUCCCCAAUUCCUCCCAAUUGGGAGCAGAAGAGUGUGGGAGGAAGCUGGGCUACUUAACCCCUUUCCUUCCUGCAAAGCUUUCUGCUUUUCUCCCUCCCUUCUGCUGCUUUUUCACCUGUGGAUGAAAAGAUGCAGGCCCUCUGCAUCUUUUUCCUUGCCAAGAGAAAAGCAGCUGGGGGGUGCUUUAUGAUUUUGAGUGGACAAAUGGCAGGAAGGGUCAGGGUCAAGCAUCCCCUCCUCCUGGCACUGUUCCUCUGCUUAAGCUGGCAGCCUCCUACAGCCCAUUGGGAGAUUUCUCUUGCAUUUCCAAUGUAACAUUUGGUCGGCCUUCUAAGCAUUCUGACUUACAUUUGGAGAGCUUCUGAUCCUAAGGAACAACUGACCAAUUGUUAUAUGGGAGUUUUCUCCAUUUUGCAUAUCAAGUACGUGGGGAUCCGAUUCUGACAGGGAGCAUGGUAGGGUCAAAGGGGUUCCCUACGUGAUGGUUCUCAUCUGUUGCAGCUAUUCAGUUUCUUUUUUAAAAAAAGAACAAGAAUAUGGUGUCAAACUGCAUGACAAAUACCACAUCGCGUUUGGCCUUGAGGCUUCAGUCCCAUGCAAUCUGAUUAACCUUGUUCAGCUUGAAGAGACAUACAUGGGAUUGGGUCGCUGCAAGGGCCUCACGUGCAUGGAUGUCCAUCAUUUGAUCAUUAUUCAGCCCUCACCACCAGGAAAUGUCUGAAUUGUCUACACUGUUGUGUUUUUUUUGAAGUGCAAUGGAAGUUGUUGGCAGUCCUUGAUCGCAGAGGGUUCACACCUUCAAGUCAUCCCUUAGUGCUGUGGUCAUCAAGUGAUGAAAAUGUCUGCAUGAAUUAGCUCUAAAUCAGGGGUGGGGAACUCCCUUGGCCUGGUGGGCGACAUCUUUAUUUCAGCUUUGACAGGUGGGCAGGGCCAUCCACCUGUCAGUCAUCUGCUGUCAUGUGACUGAUAGGUGGGUGUGCUCUUGGAAGGAAGAGGCUGUGGGUGCCAGUCACAAAAUGGCUGCCCAUGGGGGGAGCGUGGCAUAACACAAAAUGGCUGCCACAUCUCAAAGAGCAGAGAAAGAGCCAGGAUCACAAAAGCAUGUGGGCAGGCCCUCCCCACAUCAGCCACCUCUGUCAAGGAAAAAAAAAGUCACCUCACAGGGAAAACCUCUUUGUCCCUCUCCUCUGUUCAGAAUGGAAAGGUGGAUGGGCAUCCAGUCCUGGUAUCCAAUGAAAUGUGGGCAUGUUUAAGGGGGUGCGUUCUGUGUAAGAGAGGGUGAGCCAGUGCGAGCAGGAACCGAGCGGGAAGAGCAGACAGCCUCUCAUGCGUUGUGGGUUUUUGAGGGGAUGUUGGCUGAGACCUCUUGCAGGCGUUCCAGCGGAUCCUGGUAAGUGCCCGUGGAUGCCACAUUGGCAAAUCCUGGAUUGCACGGACUGGCAUUGGUUCUCUAGGGUUCAGAGAGCUUAUCCCUACCUUACCUGGAGAUGCCAAGGAUUGAACCUGGGGCCUUCUGCGUGCCAGCAGAUGCUCUGGCCUAUCCUUCCUGCUGGGUUGAGAAUGAGAUCCUUGUUCAUACCUUCUGCCACAACAACAGACGUCUGUAGGAGCCAAUCAGCAUGAAAGGGGAGAGUGUUAGCUACCGAGAAAAGUCUUCUCAGCUGACUCACCUUUCCCUCUGAUUGGCUCCAAUCAGCAGGAAAGGACAAGGAAGCAGGGUAGAAGACUCUUCUCAAUAGCUAACACACUCCCCUUCCAUGCUAAUUAGCUCAUAGGAUGCUGGAGACAGAGGGAUUCUCCAUAGGGCCUUGGACUCGCCACUUUUGUCAGCCACUGUUUCCUCACCUCUGUGACAGGAAUUGUAGCAACCUACCUCACAGGGUUGUUGUGAGGGCAAAUAAUAAAGCUUGUACAGCACUUGGCAAAUGGAAAGUGCUCGAUAAGAAAUGCAAAACAUAAUAAAUGGAUUUAAGUGUCACUUGUGGACGAGGACAAAGAAAGGGAUGUGAG